UAGUGUGUGAUAUAGGAUAUCUUAGAGACUUAGGACUACUUAUUUUUGGGAAAAAAAGGAGGGAAUAGUAGUUGAUUUAUUUAUCAGUUUUAUUUGAUUUGUAAUUCCUAAUGAGAGUUGGAAAUUAGGGUUCUUAAUCAUAACGUAAUUAGAUUGCAGAACCCUAUACAUAGGGCCUAGGGAUUACAGAUUUUAUUAUGAUUAGUGACUAUUGAUUUUUAGAAAAUAUAUUGAGAACUAGUUUCUCUUCAAUUUGAGAAUUUGUUCUAAACCCAUAUCCCUUUAUACCUUUGGUUAUAAAUCAGUGUGUUUUUCAUUUGUUGUACACAAUGCCUUUCCUAAUUAUUUUUUGUUCUUUCUGGCAAAUUCUUUCUUCCAAAUCUGUUAUUUGAUAAUAGAUUAUGUUCCUUUUAUUAGCUCAUUGCAGCAAAUUUUUUGUUUCUAUUGCAUUUGGUGUCAUGGGCAAGAAUUGUAAUGGUGCAGUGUAUCUGCAGAAGUUUGAUCAGAAAGAUGCUAAUUUAUAGAGAAAACGUAAUCAUGGAAUCAAAUGUUGUACUUAGUAUGUAACGUUUUGCUCUUAGUAUUGUGCACUGUAUUUGAAAGUACAAGCAGCAUAUAUUGCAGCAUCAUAGUAAAUGUGCACCUGCAAUGCCUGAAAAUUUGGAAAUGCUUGCUGAUGUAAAAUUGAAACGAUGUUUAUGUAAGGAAAGUUGAGGAUAUGUACUAAGUAAAAAUGGAUAUGACUUGUUAAUGAAAAUGUAAGUUGUUUAUGUUAUAAAUUUCUGCAAGUGUGGUAUGACCCAUGGGACCUUGAAGAAAAAGUGAAAAAUGGAUUAGAAGAAUUAGAGGAACAGAAGACACUAAAAACUUUUAUUGAACGGUGUCAUGGAAAUUAAGGUUAAUUGUGAAGUGGAAAUCAUGGAAAUUAAAUUUCUGGAAUUAUUUUCUUCUGCACUAAUUGUAGCACAUGUUUUGAGGCACGGUGAAGAUUGGUUGUAUUUUGUUGAUUUUUCUUCAUUCUAGUAGCACAUCAAGAUUUUGGACAGGAAAUUGCUACCAUUUUCUAAUGAAAUGACCAAAUUGCAUUAUGUUAGGCAAGACUAUCUAUGCAACAAGUGUAAACGACCUGGGCAUUUUGCUCGAGAUUGUCCAAACAUGACUGUCUGCAACAACUGUGGACUUCCUGGCCACAUUGCUGCUGAAUGCAACUCAACAACUAUGUGUUGGAACUGUAAGGAGCCUGGACAUCUUGCAAACCAAUGCCCAAAUGAUCCAGUCUGCCAUAUGUGUGGUAAGAUGGGUCACCUUGCUCGUGAUUGCUAUAAUCCUAGUCUUCCAGCCCAUGAUGCAAGGCCCUGCAACAAUUGCUACAAGCCUGGCCACACUGCUGCCGACUGCACCAAUGAGAAGGCUUGCAACAAUUGUCGUAAGACUGGUCAUCUUGCUCGAGAUUGCCCCAACGAGCCAGUCUGCAACAUUUGCAACAUAUCAGGUCAUGUUGCCCGCCAAUGCUCCAAAUCGAGUUUGGCAUCGGAUGUAGGAGGUCCUUUCAAUGAUAUCAUUUGUCGCAAUUGUGGCCAGCACGGCCAUCUAAGCCAUGAAUGUGUGGCCAUCGUUAUUUGCAACAACUGUGGUGGGAGGGGUCACCAAGCUUUCAAGUGCCCCUCUGCUCCAUUUUAUGACCGUGGUCCAAGGAGGUAUUAAUCUAGGGGAGAAUUAACUCUCGUGAAUUGCUUAAUGGCGAUGAAUGAUGAAGCUUGAUAUUACAUAUUCACUGUGUCUCAUUCAGAGCAUUCUUUUUGUAGUUAAUGUAGCUAUUAUCGCUUGAUUAUAUGAGAUUGUAUUUUUAGCU